AUGAACGACGAUUCGGGUGUCGUGUGCUUCCGUCAUUGUUCGAGGAAGAAUGUAUUUUGCAGACGCGUGCCGGCGACGUGUCCGGUUUGCUCGUCGCCGAUACAAGAUUUCAUUGUGGACCCGUUUCGCGUCCCGUAUCCUUUCGCGAACGCAGCUCAUAAUCCGACUAGCAUUGCGAUUCGACCUUCGCGCGGCGGCUUCCUGGACGAUUACGACGUCACGCGCGACGACUUGCACGUCGGGGUAGUCGAUUCGGGCGGGCGCGUCGUCGAAUUCGAUAAAGCCGGCCUGAUAACGAACGACGUCCACAGGUGGGCCGUUUGCGUCGUCUUCCAGGUGAUACCGGUUGCCUGGACGGUUCGAUGGGAUGAAACGCUGGCAUUUAUAUCGAAAGAUGACAGAUGGAAGUCUGUCAACUACGACGAUAUCAGUCUGAAUUGUUUCAACUUCGUUCUGGAAUUCCUCAAUAAUCUGGGAUACGCGAAUCUCAAGUUUGAAAGCAAGGAAGAUCUAUGCGAGCGAUUGAUACUAUCGAAAAUCCAAAAGGCUAUUAGAUACAGUUUGUUAUACAGAAUCCUGAAGCAUCAGGAAUAUUUGUUGUCGGAUCAUCUUUCUUGA